GUUCUUUGUUUGGUAUAAGGUUAUGUUAAUAUUCACUAUUGGACAUUUGGCUAAAUUUCUGUAUAAAACGGAGAAAGCCACAGAAAAAAAAAAGUUUAAUAUUUUUCUCUAGUUUUUGCGACUGGUGUGUUUGUGUACAAGAUAUUUAAUGUCUUUUCAAUUCAACUUCUCGGGAAAACAGGAUAAUCAUAAUGAACCUGUUGAAACAAACAAUGAAAUUCAAUGGUUCACAUGCGAAGAAGUAGUACCAGAUCAGCAGAUGAUUCAAAAGUUGGACGAUCAUGUUAAACAGGCUAGAAUGUUUACCUGUGGUGAUGUCGAAAUUGGUCAUGUAGUCGUAAGCGAUGCUAUUUCCAAUAUGAGUAGUAAGUCUCUGCAAAUGGCCUCUAAGCUCAUUAUAGAUGUUAAAAGUGAUCUUAUAACAGGACAAUAUGAAGGUGGACUCAAAAUAUGGGAAUGUACUAGUGAUCUAAUACAAUAUUUAAUUCAUAAUGAAAAUAAAAUAAACUUUAUUAACAUUAAUGUAUUAGAUCUUGGCUGUGGUGCUGGCAUAUUAGGAAUAUAUUCAUUUUUAAAAGGGGCAAAUGUUACAUUUCAGGAUUAUAAUAAAGAAGUAUUACAAUAUGUAACAAUACCAAAUGUACUACUUAAUAUUGAAGAUGAAGAAGAAAGAAAUGAGAGAGUAAAGAAAUGUUUUUUUUAUUCUGGUGAUUGGGCAUCAUUCAACAAAACAUUAGAUAAAACCACAUCUUAUGAUUUGAUACUUACUUCAGAAACUAUAUAUAAUGAAACAAAUUAUGGCAAAUUAAUAAAACUCUUUGAACAGAGAUUAACUGCUAAUGGGUCCAUUUAUGUGGCUGCAAAAACUUGUUAUUUUGGGGUAGGAGGAGGGAUAAGACAGUUUGAAAAAGCCAUUAUUGAAAGCAGUUUAUUUCAAUGUGAAGUUACCUGGAAAACUACAAGUGGCAUUCAAAGAGAAAUAUUAAAAAUAACUAAAAAGUGACUUAAGGUUUUAUUUUAUUAAACAUCUUUAUAUAUUAAAACAUAUUCAUUUCCUCUGUUUAUUCUCUUGAGAAUGACUGCUAGUUUUGAUUAAACUUGAAGCAGUGGCAAGUAGGUGCUCAUCAAGAAAAAAUGUUCCCUGCAGUUUAUUUUUGAAACAACUCUUGUUAAAAUGAAUCAUGCUAUUAUUUAAAAUCACACUUGGCAAAAAUUAACUAAUUAUAAUUAUGAGUAAAAGCAAAAACGUACAAUAUGAUAUUGACUUAAAUUUUUU